GCGCUAUUUGGGAUGCAGCCUGUGACGAAACAAGAGGGCAGAAACUUCCAGAAGCGGGUUUGGCGGCGUGCAAGUGCCGGAAGGUUUUUUUGAUUUCGAAUUAGCUAAAUAGUUCGCCGAAAUACUUACAUUAAACAAACAGGAAGACCACAAGGCUUAUAAAAUGGAUUGUGUGACGGUGAUCACCAACCCCACAGUGUCUGUGCGUGUGACCAGCACCCUCAGUUCCUUCGAUGUGAGCCGGAGGUUUAACCGAGGGAUCACCAUCGCCGAGUUUAAGAGCAAGCUGGAGCUCAUCAUCGGUUGCCCCGCAGCCUCAAUGGACCUUCAGUUAUUCAGCUCUUCAGACAAGUUUUUGCAGAACCUUGAUGAUCAUGAAGCUCUUUUAGGUUCUUACCCUGUUGAUGAUGACUGCAGAAUACACGUGAUUGACCGCAGCGGCUCUCUGACCGGAGCAUUCAGUGAUGUGUCCAAGGUAGAGAAAUAUGAGAUCCCUGACGAAUUAUAUGAAAAGAGAUCAGACUCUGUGCGAAACUUCAAAAAAAACAUGAAGAUAGGACGCUUCAAUGAAGAGAACAUGGCUAAGCUUGAAGAGACACUCUCUCAGAAAGAGAACGAGGAGAAAGCUGCAUUAGCUUUGAUCACAGUUGGCAAGCGGUGUCAAGUUCAAGUGGCUGGUCAGCCAACAAAGAUAGGCACAGUUAUGUUUGCAGGUACUGCAGAUUUCAAACCAGGGUACUGGGUGGGUGUGAAAUAUGACGAGCCACUCGGCAAAAAUGAUGGCAGUGUGAAUGGCAAGCGGUACUUUGAGUGUGAACCAAAUUACGGUGCGUUUGUGAAGCCCCUGUCUGUGACUGUGGGAGAUUUUCCAGAGGAGGACUACGGUCUGGAUGAGAUAUAGGGUCUCCGUGGCAUGUUCUCACAAGGUAUCAAAUCUGGUGGGGGGAAAAAAGGUAUACCUGGAAGGACAAAGCAGAACUCUAUUCAGUCCACAGUCAUAGCCCUUGAUUACAAGAGUUUUUCCUGUUCUAGCUAAGCAUGUUUUAGUUUCAUGUAUGUCCUAAAAAAAGAUGUAAAAGGUGGCCUUUACACAUCACUGUUAGUGGACAGCAUCACCUCACGAUUAAUUAAUAGCAUUUUUACAAUCAUCUCUAUGGCCACUGCCAUUGCUUAGCUCAUAAUGCAGGAGUAAGGACAGGAGUAAAGUAGUAAUGCCAAAUGAGCUGUCUGGCAUAUAAACUAAGACAGAAUACACAGAUUUCACAAAACAUUUUUGCUAAUUUGUUCAUUUUCACAUUUCAUUGUGUUUUUCGCCAUGUCUUCAUAGAUGCUUUGAGUAAAUGGCGAAUUGUGUAGGAGACGGCAUAGCAGUUAUGUGGAACGUUGAACUGUUUUAUUUUCACUGAAAUGUAUAAUAUGUAUAAAUGUUUUUUUGGAAACUAAUAGCCUUAUUCUUAUUUUUUUCCUCACUUACAAAUUAACAGUGCACUACCAUUUCAAUGUUUUUAUUGUUCCAAUGCGUUCUGUGAUUUUAGAGCUGUUAAACCGACUAGAUUAUUAUGUAGAAAAUAAACUAUUAUCAUUCGAUUUUAUUGAAAACCA